CGUCGCGAUCAAAAGACAGCAACUCUCACGGGCCGCGAGGUCAGCGAUCCUUCUGCUCCCGGGGGCCCCUUGCUCAGUGGCAGUAGGUGUCCCCCCAGCCAUCGGGGGAGAAAUGACCCCAGCUGAGCAAUGCUGGGCAGGACGUGAAAAAGCCAUCUCUGGACGGCAAGAGAGGCCAUUUCCUUAAAGCUCCCGCUUGGAAGCGAGAGUGUUUCAUGAUAAGCCAGGCGGGGAGAGGGCCUCAAGCCCACCCGCCCUCUCCUUCCUUCCCCGGGAGAGACGCCCACCGCCCCGUUCGCGCCGGGCCACGCCCCUGCCCCGCGGGCUCGCCCCACCCUGCUGGGCCGGGGGCUCGCCCCCGCGCCUUUUCCUACCUGGCUCUCUCCGGGCCUCCCCCACCCGCCCGCCUGGCCGGGGGCUGGGGAGGAGAGGAGGGCCGUGGGCAGGUGCGGGGCAGCUCGUCGGCCAGGCGGGUCCCCGAGGGAGGGGGAGGCGUCCGCGGUGACGGAACAGAAGCCGCGAGAGCCUCGGCGCUGCCUCCUCGGCCUCCGCCCGGCGACGGCCACUCGCGCGCCGCUGGUCGGGGGCGCAGCGUCCGCGCGCUCGGGGCCGGGCGGGCAGCAGCUCCCGCCGCCGCCCACUCGCCGGCCGGGGAAGCCGGGGAAGCCUCGGGGCCCAGGGGCGACGGCGGCGAGACCCCGCCCCGCCCGGCCGGCCCGCGCCUAUCGCGGUCCGCGGCCUGGUCACGCGGGGAGUGGCGCCGCGGGCUCGCGGCCGGAGUCGCGGCGGGCCGGGGCCGGGGCCGGGGCGGGGGCGGAGGGCAGGGGGUAGGAAUAGGGGCGGGCGGGCCGCGCCAGUCCCGGAGCCGCGCGCGCGGAGCCGACCGAGCCACGCCGAGGGCGCCGAGCGGCGCGGCCGAGCCCGAGCACCGAUGCUGCUGCCGCUGGCCUGGGGCUCGCUCUUCUUCCCGGGGCUCUUCGGGCUCUGCACCUGGGGGCUGCGGCGCGCGCGGCCCGCCUGGACCCGCAACGACUGCGUGAUGAUCAGCACCAGGCUGGUUUCUUCAGUGCAGGCUGUGUUGGCCACCGGGUCUGGGAUCGUCAUCAUCCGCUCCUGUAGCAACGUGAUCACCGACAGGCACUGGCUUGCCCGAGAAUAUGUCUGGUUUUUGAUUCCAUACAUGAUCUAUGACUCCUAUGCUAUGUACCUCUGUGAAUGGUGCCGAACCGGGGACCAGAGCAGCAGACAUUCCCUCACCGUUUUUCGAAACUUCCUCAGUAAAAACCGCCUCAUGAUCACGCACCAUGCUGUCAUUCUGUUUGUCCUUGUGCCGGUUGCCCAGAGGCUCAGGGGAGAGCUUGGGGACUUCUUUGUUGGCUGCAUCUUCACAGCAGAGCUGAGCACUCCAUUUGUGUCACUGGGCAGAGUUCUGAUUCAGCUAAAGCAGCAGCACACCCUGCUGUACAAGGUGAAUGGAAUCCUCACGCUGACCACCUUCUUCUUAUGUCGGAUCCUCCUUUUCCCCUUCAUGUACUGGUCAUACGGCCAGCAGCAGGGACUGAGCCUGCUCCAGGUGCCGUUCCACAUCCCAUUCUACUGCAACGUGGCCAACGCCUUCCUCAUAGCUCCCCAGAUCUACUGGUUCUCUCUGCUGUGCAAGAAGGCAGCCCGGCUCUUUGAUGCCCCCCCAGGCAAAAAGGAUGGUUAAUUGCUCCCAAGAGUCAGUAAGGGCGCCUCCUCAUACUCGCUGCCUCCUCCACUCAGUAUUCCGUGGACCAAAUUGCAGAUUGUGCCGUGGGUGGCCUCAGCCUUUCGGGUAUUGAUAAACAGAUGGAUUUGAGUUUUUUGAAAGAAUAUUCGUAUCACCUCCCUCUUCUAACCUGCCCCUUUUGCAAAAGCACUUUUUUCUUACAACAACUGUUGGAUCCUGUCAGACCUUCACUGGCAGCAAGGUGGUUUUAAUGCAAAGCCCAAGGAUCCUUCCUUGGGCCUUAUCUCGAGGGCUCUGGGAGGUAGAAGCACGGGGUGUGGAGAUAGGCAGACCAAGGUGAUAAGUAGCUGGGCACCUGCCUGAUCCUAAUAUUGGUGGCUCCCCACCUUUCCAACCACUCAGGGCAGUAUCCACACAUGCUGGGCCAGCAGAAGCAAGUCAUGACUUUUUUUUUUUUUUUUUGAAAUAAUUUCUUGUGAUGUUGGCCUGGGAAAAUCAUUGUGGGUAGGUAGUUUUUUUUAUUGUUUACUAGAUAACCCAUUGGUCCUUUGCCUCAUCCUUUCAUCCAUGUGCCAACAUUGAAUUCUCCUGUCUACUGACUGCCAAUCAGAAGCCUCACUGGCAGGGCAGGGUAGGUGGCAGGGAUGGCAACCUGAAGCACCUGAGUAGGAAGGAAGGCCAAUGUCAGCACAUCUGUGGGCUGACUUGGUUAGACCAGUGUCAAACUUGUGAGCUUGUCAACAGUCAUAGAUACUAUUCCCUUUUCAGCAUGUCCCUCAAGCCCAGCUCUCCCCAUAUCCACACACACAGGAUGCUCUUGUUAAAAACUAUAGGGGUAAAGUGAAAUGACAGCUGCUGAGCUAUUCACUGGGUAAGCCCACCCUGACACUGUCCUUUCACACGAGGUGGAACAGACUUCUAUGUUCCAAACCGUGAGAGGUCUCAUCUAGACUGCCUCCUGAUACGCCAGAGCUUGUGGUCCAAAGCCUGUUCCUGUCUGAGUCACCGCCAUUUAGCCGUAGAAGGCUGGACAGCAGGAGUGCAAGACAGCCCUGGCCAAAAUACCUUCUGUGGACUGACCCUUUCACCUACCAUUUGCAAAUAGGAUCCUCCGGUGCCAACACUAAUUGUUCCUUAACAAGGAUGGGUUUUAGAAACUGCUACCAUGAAGUUUUUUCCCAAGUGGUAGAUUUUUAAAAGUGCCUUUUAAUUUGUUGUUCAUGAAUUUUUAAAGUACUGAAUGUGUAACUGUCUCAAAUUUUGACUAUUUCAGUCUUUAAUGGGUGCCAUUUAAAAAACAUAAAACGCUGUAAUUUUUUUUUACCGUUUUGUUACUUUAUAAAUCACCCCUGUGGUGACUAAAUUGCAUUAAUAUUU